GACCUUCCAAUCGCACUGCGGCGCACGCGGCGAAGCAUAGGCAUAUGCAGCAGCAAACCAGGAGAAUCCUCAAAAUCCGCAUCACCAUGCGCCUCGCCGAGACGUCCCACGAAAGCGACUCCGGCUGUGCGCACGCCAGAUUCCAGAAAGAGGGGCGUCAGGUUCUCAGACCCAGGCCCCAGCAUUGCUGGCGGGGGAGAUAGUGAGCUGUCAACGGGGUUGACUCCCAUGAUACGCCGAACCUCUCUUCGUAGUAGCCAGAUGUCGCGGCGCCACUCCACCCCGGGCAGACUGUUCCCUGCAUCUCGCGGCACCAGUGCGGAUCCAGACGUACGAGCCCUUCCGGCGGGCGGCGAGGUCUACUUCCUUCCGCUCCGCCAGGUUCUUGACGGCCGAAUCAAGCGCCGCAUCCGGCGCAAUGGCCUUAGUGAGGAGAUGAACACCAUCUCUGCCGAGAGGAAGCGUCGGGCCGAGGAGACGAAGGCUGAAAUCGAGCGUCUCAAAGCGGAGCUGGCUAGGAAAGACGAGGAAAUCCAGAGGCUGCACGACGAGACGGUCGUGUUAGACACCGAACGCGUCUGGGAGUUAGAGCAGCAGGUUGCGUCCCUCAAGCGGGAGCUGGCCAGUCGGUCAGGGGUGCAGCAGCAAGACCUGCCUAGCAGUCCAGCCUCCGAAUGGACGAGAGCAGCACCGAACUCUUGCCAGGACGACUAUAUGGAACUCGACAUAGGCGAUGAUCUGGAAGAGUUUGGGGAGGCCACGAGGGCGGAACUGGAAUGCAGCACUCCCACCAGGCGAAUGCUAGCAUCCUUCCCAACACCACCCGCAACAAGCCCGGAGCCGCAACCGCCUCAGACCCCUUGUAGACGCUCGUUUGGUACGCCGCGCUCGCAUGUUGGUGUGCAAGCCACCUUUCCAGAUCCCGACAAGCAACAACUAGAGCGAGAGCUCAAAUCGCUCCAGCUUGAAGUUACCAAGUUGACGGCCACGCUAGAAUCUUACUCAUCCCUGGCUUCCCGUCUGUCAGACAAGCGGCUCAAUCUUCCGCCAUCCGAGCGGCCAUCAACGGCAGACAGCGCAGAAGAUCUUGAGGCCCACCUCAACACGGUUCUCCAGACAUUAUCCGACCGCACUGCAGCACUUGCAGAGCUCGACUCGUCUCUCAAAGGACUCGGGUUCCCCGGAUCAGACGCCUUCGAGGUUGUUGAGUCCCUCCGCGCCAGCUUCCGAUCGGCCCGCCUCGAGCUGGAGUACAUCACCCCAGGCGAGAUCACCUUGCCCCUCACCGGUGCAGGGGCCGCGGUACUGGAUCUCGUCCUGAGCCGGCUUCGGGCCCUAGCCCAGAGGAACCGGGACGCAGACGAGGCCAUCGACGAGCACCGCGCGACCGAGUUCUCCCUGCGCCAGCAGCUCAGCGCGCGCGUGACAGCCAUGGACAGGCUCGCGGCACAGCUCACGGCGAGCGAGCGCGCCGCGCGCGACAAGGACGCCCCGCAUCGCCGAGCUCGAGGACGA